GCAGUGUGCUCAUUGUCCCCCAUCGUUGCACCUGCUCUCUGCUUACAAAGCCUCUCCUUCUCCUCCUGCUCAAGUAUAAUGGAAGUCAAAACAAGAUGCAUCAGUGUGAUCUACUUGGUGGUUCUGUGUAUGUCUUUCUGCCAUCAAGGAGACUCGACCACAAAAAAGGCCAUCAAGAUACCCCGCUGUCCUGCGACUUGCUCUUGCACUAAAGACAGUGCUUUCUGUGUGGAUACAAAGGCGAUACCAAAGAGCUUCCCACCUGGGAUUAUAUCCCUGACGAUGGUGAACGCAGCAUUUACGACCAUACCGGAGGGCGCUUUCUCACACCUUCACUUGCUCCAGUUCCUGCUCUUGAAUUCCAACACAUUCUCCAUAAUUUCAAAUGAUGCUUUUGCUGGCCUAUCUCACCUGCAGUACCUGUUCAUUGAAAAUAAUGACGUCCAAAUGCUCUCAAAAUAUACCUUCCGAGGACUCAAAUCUCUGACUCAUCUAUCUCUCUCAAACAACAACCUGCAAGAACUGCCAAGAGAUCUAUUUAAACAUCUGGACAUUCUCACAGAUUUGGAUCUGCGGGGAAACUCCUUCCGCUGUGACUGUAAGAUCAAGUGGCUGGUUGACUGGAUAGAUAAGACCAAUACUUCAGUUCCUCACAUAUACUGUGCAAGCCCCUUUGAAUUGCAGGGACGCAGAAUUCAUGACCUUGCCUCGAGAGACUUCAACUGCAUCAGUGCAGAUUUUGUCGUUUAUGAAACGUUUCCUUUCCACUCUAUGUCUGUGGAAUCUUAUGAGUUCAGCAGAGAUCAAUUCAUUGCCUUUGCACAACCAGAAUCGGGUUUCUGCACUCUUUACGUGUGGGAUCACGUAGAAAUGGCCUUUAGGACAUUUUAUAAUAUUACCUCCCGUUCCGCGCUGUACUGCAAACCAGUGGUGAUAAACAACACGCUUUACAUGAUUGCGGCCCAACUUUUUGGAGGUUCUCACAUCUACAAGUGGGAAGAGGACCCUCUUCGUUUUGUGAAGAUCCAAGACAUCGACACAAGUCGGGUUAGGAAGCCCAACUACGUCGAGACCUUCCAGCUAGACGGCGAAUGGUAUUUUGUUGUAGCAGACAGUUCCAAGGCUGGUUCAACAAGCAUUUAUCGAUGGAACAGCAACGGUUUUUACUCCCACCAGUCCCUCCACCCUUGGCAUCGCGACACCCAUGUGGAGUUUCUCGAUGUUGGAGGGAAGCCUCAGCUCAUACUGUCCAGCGCCACUCAACCACCAGUGGUCUACCAGUGGAACCGAAGUCUGAAACAGUUUGAUUUCUUCACCCAAAUCACAGAGCAAGCUGAUGUGCAGAUGGUUAAGCACUUUUGGGUUAGAAAGGCCCUUUACCUUUGCCUCACACGUUUCAUAGGCGACUCUAAGAUUCUUCGUUGGGAAGGCCAACGGUUCAUCGAGAUACAGACUCUUCCUUCUCGUGGUUCAAUGGUUGUCUAUCCGUUCACAGUGGGCCUUCGCCAGUAUCUUAUCCUCGGGAGUGAUUUCUCUUUUUCCAGAAUCUACUUGUGGGAUGAUCUCACUCAGCGCUUUCAGCCCUUCCAAGAACUCAACAUGAGAGCCCCAAGGGCCUUCAGUUUAGUGUCGGUGGACAAUAAGGACAUUUUGCUGGCUGCCAGCUUCAAGGGCAAUUCCCUGGCGUACCAGCACCUGCUGGUCGACCUCAGUGCUAAGUAGAAAUGUGAGAGAAAAUAUGACAUGCCAGAAAAACAAACAAAUAUGCACGUACAGCUGCUUCUUAAUAUAUUAGUUGUGAGAUACUCUAUUUAUUUUUAACAACUCAACUAAAGUAACUUCAUUACUAAUUUACUGAAAUGCACCUGUGUGGAAAUCUUGUCACAUGAAAUGUUUUGAAUAAAUUAGCUACCAAAAAAAAAAAAAAAAAUCAAUUUUCAGGAACUAUGCCAGAAAAUAGUACAUUAAUGUGAACAUUCAGCCUCAAUGCCAUGCCGACUGAAAUUGCAAGUCACUGCUUGUGUAUAUAUUGUUCAAAUACAUUUAUUGAAUCAGCCGCUGGAUAGUGGUGUUUAGUUUGAUAAAGAUAUACAGUAUAUUGAAUGUAAUGCAUGUAAUUUAAUUACUUUAACUUUUUCUUUUAAUAUACUAUAUUGAGCAGCACUAAAAUAUUGAUCGAACACACAAACUGCAUAGAGAGAGUUGUUUCCAAAAUUAUCCAACCCCCUCGGCAGUAUAUUGCUGUAGUAUGACAUUUACAAAAAUCUUUUUCAUAAUCAGAUCAAAUUAAUAAUUGUGAAAUCUACAAUAUUAUUUGUCUAUAUUAGGCUUAAAUCCUUAUUUGAUCUGUAUGAACGAGAUAAAAAAAAAAUGUCAGACUAGUUGCAACAAGACACGCAGUGGAGGUUGAAUUCUUUUGAACACAGGUGUAUAAAAUGAGCCAGUUUUAAAAUUUCCUACAACAGAUAUAGUGUUUAUAAGAUACACUUUAAAUGUGUUAUAAUCUCCACAAAGAAAUAUAUUUUUGUUGGGGUGCUUCACAAUGUUAGAAUAGUGGAAUUCAAAAUCAGGGAUUGUGUAUUCAUAUUAUUCAUCACUCUAGAUCAAUCUAAAGUACUGGAAAACACUUGUUCUAUUGUUGCAAUGUAAAUUUAUUGAAAGGGGAAUAUGAAUAAAACGUGCUCUGGGCAUGCAAGAUAGAUUUGUCUCACUCAUUCCAAUGGGUGACCACACAAUCUGAGACCAAGAUUUGACAUAGACUAGACUAGACUAGACUAGACUAGACUAGACUAGACUAGACUAGACUAGACUAGACUAGACUAGACUAGAUUACAAUAGCCCUUUAUUGUCAUUAUACAGUUGUACAACGAAAUUGUGCAGGAUAAGUUUAAAUCUCAAAAGUGAUUUGCAAGUAUAUAAGUAUGAAAUUAAAUAAAUGUAAAAAUGAAAUGUGUAUGAGAUAGUCCUAUGUUCAGGCAGUGCAAAUAAUCAAAGUGAAGUAGCGGCUGUUUGACUGUGAUGGCAUUGAAUAUUACACGUUAAUAUUGCACGUAGUAAGUAAGUAUUGCACAUAGAAUAUGUGUUAAUAGAAGUGAAGUAGCAGCAGUAGCAGCACAGACCUUUUGGAGGUUGAGACCAAGACAAGCCGAGACAGAGACGAGACUUAAACCAAAAAGGUCCACUUUAAAAUGAGAAACAAACAAACAAAUGAAUAAUUAAAGGUCUCGAGACCGGUGUUCUGCAAUUACGCGGGAAGACGUCUGCACGCAUGUGCACAUCGAUUAAAAGCGGCGAGAACUUAGGCUACUAUUUUUAUUUUCAUUGAGUCUUUUAUUUCCUUUUUAUUACCUCAAAAUACUUUUUGCAUGCGUUUCCCUCUCAUACUUUUAAGCAUUGUAUUUUCUAGUGGUAGCAUUAAAGCAGAGUGUUGAUCUGUUGACCACAUUAAUCACUUAGCGUAUAUUAACCACCCUUAUUUGAGAUUACUGUGUUAAAGUAUUUUCUUAAGGCAUGUUUUAGUUCAUUCUUCCUGUAUGCAUCCAAACAAAACAAGCUGAAAGCGCAUAGAACUACUUCAGGUGUCAAAUUCUCCUCUUUUAGACAUUUCACCGGGGUGGGACAUUUUGGCAGAACAGGAAAAAAAUAAAUAAAAUAAAAAAUCCCUUCAGGGUAGCCAACAGUUCCCAGACAACCCUUUCCUCUAUUACCACUUGCACCAAGGGCGUAGGUUUGCAUAGGGACGGUAGGGACAUAACACUACCAACUUUCCAGGAUACUCAAAUUGUCCACCACACCAACUUUUAUGCAACCUUAUUUGCAUUAUAUAAUGAGUUCAGUUGUAUAGGUAAUUUAGACUUCAGACUUACAUUUCCCCAUUUUCACUUGCUGAAUGUGCUGGUCCAUUUUUUUCCCCCUCAAAUGCAUGUAUGAUUGGCUGAUGACUUGGACCCACCCCCACACACAACCACAGCCCCGACAGAACAAUGUCAUGCCGCUUCCUCCAAAAAGGAGGGAUAUUAGAAGUUUUUUCUGGCCAGCAGCAGCAGCAGCCACUGUAAGUAAAGUAAAAUGACGUCAAUGUUGUGGAGGUGGGGAACACUCACUAAUUUUGCUACGGAAAGUCCAUCCUGCAUCAGAGUUAGCAUAACUCAAGUAGGAAGCUGCUUAGAGAGAAGUGUCCUCCCGUAUGUUUUCGACUGUUAACGUUAAUUAAACUGUGAGAAAUGUAGUGAACUCUGCUGAAAACUAUAGAACCAGAAAAAUGUCAGCGAGAAGCUGCUUAGACAGAGAGAUUCUAAGAUCCUAAGUGAGAGAAAUCCUAAGUGUGUGUCAAUUUUCAAUUGUAUGUAAAAUAUUGUUUAUUGUUUAUUUAUGUGUUCUGAAAGCAACCCAAAGGAGCGUUCAUUUUUUGUUGAGUUUGGCUGUUUGUAGACAAAAGCAGUAGUGUUUUACCAGAAGGAAGGCUCUAUUUUUAAAUUUUUUGUCAUUUCACGACAAAGAAGAUUUUUCAUUUAUAUUUUCUUUAUUUAUUUAGGCAAAGUUUGAGUAGUCCUAAGAUUUUAUUUUUUGCAUGCCCCGAUAAAAGUUUGUAUACAGUAUAUUGUGUAUGUUAAUAUAAUUGAAAUUAUGUUCAAAUAUUGCAAUUUAAAAUUGCUAAUAAAAUCCAGAUAUUCUGUAGUUUCAAAAUGUUUCUGUAGUUUUUGAAACAUUUUUAAUCAAAUAGUAUAUCACCUGAACCAAUACACAUGAAAUUUAGUAUAGGUCAACACAGAUUUAUUUAUUUUGCAUUGAUCAUUUAGCCUAUCAAUUAAUUAGGUUCAGAUUGUUGAGAAAUGUA